UCCCCUUUCUUUGCCACCGGACGUUUCCUCCCUCUCUCUCUCUCUCUCUUUUGCGUGUCUUCUAUUUUAUAGACCGUUUCACCUCUUUUGCUUACGGGAAUCUCUUUGUAUUCAUCUUCAAUCCUUCCGAGGCGGUAGAAGCGACGAGAUUCUGAUAUUUUGAGGCUGGUUUGAUAAGGUUUAGGUAACGGGAGGUUUGGGGGAUUUGAGUGAAAUGGUUGGCAAAGAAAACUUGAGGACUGAAGAUUUGAACUUGUGCUUUGAGAAACUAAUGAUGCUUGUUGGUGGUGAUGGGAUGGAUGUUGGUGCUAAAGGAGUUAAAAUGGAUGGUGGGGUGAUAGCAGGAUGGAAAGAUAUUCCUAUGGAGCUUCUGUUGCAAAUUGUAUCGCUUGUUGAUGAUCGAACUGUUAUUGUAGCUUCAGGCGUGUGUCGUGGAUGGAGGGAUGCUAUUUGCUUUGGCCUUAUCCAUCUUUCCCUCUCAUGGUGCAAAAAGAACAUGAACAACUUGGUCCUAUCCCUUGCUCCUAAAUUUGGGAAACUGCAAAAUCUAAUCUUGCGCCAAGAUAAACCCCAGCUUUCCGACCAUGCUGUUGAGACCAUUGCUAGUUACUGUCAUGAUCUGCAGGUCCUGGACCUGAGCAAAAGUUUCAAGCUCAGUGAUCUCUCGUUAUAUGCUCUGGCUCAUGGUUGCCAUGAUCUUAAGAGACUUAAUAUUAGUGGUUGCACUGCAUUCAGUGACACUGCACUGGCUUAUCUGGCCAGUUAUUGCAGAAAGCUAAAAUUUCUUAAUCUUUGUGGAUGUGUCAAAGCUGCAUCCGACACUGCAUUGCAGGCUAUCGGACAAUACUGUAAUCAUUUGCAAUCUGUAAAUCUUGGGUGGUGUGAAAAUGUGACUGAUGUGGGUGUGAUGAGUUUGGCGUAUGGGUGUCCCGAUCUUCGAACCCUAGACUUGUGUGGCUGUGUUCUAAUUACAGAUGCCAUGCCAACUAGUCAAAUUACACCUUACUCAUGGCCCUCCUGAAAGGUGUAUCGUUAACCUCAAAAAUCCUUUACUCUCUUCCAUUCCUUCCAGCUCUGAUUGCUAUCAAAUCUAUGUUUUUUUUUCUACACAAGCAAUAUGAUUUUUUUAUUGUCAAGCAAAGUCCUUUGCUUCAUGAAGUUGAUGGAUUGAAACAAAAUCAUGAUUUUCUUCAAUGUACCUUAGAAAGGAAAACAAAUAGCAUCUCUCCUCAUGGGUUCGAACUCAAUGUUACCACUUUUGUAUUUGAUGAGGGGGUAAAUGACUUUUGGGCUUCUUGUAUUUUGUCAACAAAAUAAGCUCUAAAAAUUUAGGCUCAAAGCUCAGACGCACUACUUUUUACAAAAAUGGCAAGAAACAAGUUCAAGUGACACAUCAUUUGAUACACUUGAUACAUUUAUAACUUCUUCACUUGAUACACUUCUCUCCUUAGUGUAUGCAAUGUGACACAUUUUAAAUAUCCUAUUUUUAAAUUGCUGCCGACAACAAUCUCCCAUGAUUUUAUGUGAGUGGCAUCCUAGAAGAUCCUUGGUUAGACUAUCAAAUCAAAAUCACUUCUUUUAAGAGAACGGCUCUGUCACCUCUUUUUAUGAUUUUCAUGAAGAAGCCUUUUCCUCAGCUACUCUUAUUGUCUUGGUUAUGUGAAAAAUUCUUUGUAACUAUGGGAAAUCCCUCAGAUCUGAACUUCCAUCUUUUGAGAGUUUCCUCUUGCAUAGGUGAGGGCAAGUGAAAGCUAUUUUGUCAGAAUAGUCGUCUCACUCUCAUCAGAAAGUUUGUCCAG